AUGGCGGUGCGGCGGAUAACCCUUGGUGUGUUCUAUCGGCCCCCUGGAGGAGAUACAAAGCCUUUAGAAGACCUCCGGAUCUGUAUUCAAGAAUUGAAUUCAACAGCCGAAUUAAUUCUGCUCGGAGAUUUUAACCUGCCGGACAUUGACUGGUCAUGCAAUAGAGCUCUGCAUCAAUCAGAUAUUUAUGUUCAUUUAAUUGACAUAAUCCAGGAUAAUUUCUUAACGCAAUUAGCCAGAGAGCUUACAAGGAAUCAGAAUAUUCUGGACUUAGUUAUUUCAACUUCGCCAGAUAUUGUGGAUCGAUUACUCGUUGGAGAUUGUUUUUCUGAUCACAGAUCCCUUAGUUUCAGGAUCCUCUGCUCGCCUUAUGCACAGCGUAAAUCCCAGAAGCUUCUCUAUUCGUACAGCAAGACUGACUGGACACAUUUGAAGUCUUUAUUAUCUUAUAUUCCUUGGAGCUGUGCCUUUUUCGAUGAUGACAUUGAUUAUAACUGGUCCUGCUGGAAAGACUUGUUGUUUACAGCUAUGGAUCAAUGUAUUCCCUUGUGUCAAAGCAAGAGAAAAAGUAACGCACCUUGGAUAACAAAGGACCUCAUUAAUCUGUGCAGGAAAAAGAAAUCGCUUUAUAGCAAAGCUCGAAAAAGUGCCAACCCCGUCCUUUGGGAGAAAUACCGAAAGUUAAACAAUGCUGUGAAAAGAGAAUGCAACCAAGCUCGCUGGACUUACAUUAAUAACAUGGCCUCGGAACUUGACUUCAGUGGUGAUUCUAAGCCUUUCUGGAAUUACGUUAAGCGUAAACGCAAUGGUACUAAUAAUUUAGUAUCCUUAAAUGUUGGCGACGAAGUCUUGACAGAUGAUUCUAGCAUUGCUAGCAGCUUAAACUCGUACUUUUCCUCUGUAUUCACUACUGAGGACCUCGCAAAUAUGCCUUCCUUAGAACCUACAGUCAGCGAGAAACUUGAUGUUAUUUCCUGCACUUCUGGCGAAGUAAUGAAGUGUCUCAAGUCCCUCAAACCGAACAAGUCCCCGGGACCAGAUCGUAUUUCACCAGUAAUUUUAAGAUCGUGCGCAUCGGAGUUAGCUCCUUCGAUCUCAUAUUUGGUAAACAAAUCUUUCCAGCUUGGGCAUUUGCCCUAA